UACGUAAUACUUAUUACCUCCAUGAAUCUACCCCAUUUUGCAAAAAAGUAGAAACGUAUAAAAAACAAAUAAAUUACCUGCAUAUUCCCUUUUUCUCACUACCACCGCAACUAAUCACAACAGUCAACACCAAACUGGCACAAAAUACCAGUUAUCAUAGCCUGUUUUUGAGGUCACUGAUAAAAACAUAGACAUCAUAGAAAUAGAAAUAUAAUCGUACUAUUACUGUACUCUGUGUGUUAAUGUAGUCUGUGGGGGAAAAAUAUGAAAACAAACAUGGCGAUGGCGUUCUGAUAGAGCGUCGUCGCCAGAAUGAUCUGUUUACAAUUUUACGUAUCGACUUUAAUAUCAUAGAAUCCCCGUCGUGUAUUAUGCGUUCUUCUGAGGGAGAAAGAAGAAUCAAUAUCUAUGACAUCGGUGGAGAGAGAAAAAGGAAUGUGUAGUGCGGUUGACGGUAAAGUGUUGUGGGUCGCGGAGUUUGCGUGUAAGGUGUCGGUGUGCGCGUGUCGCAUGAGGGACCGCGGCGGCGGCGCUCGGUAGAGUCGGGCGCGGGUGACAUGCAAGCGGCGCCGGCGCGCUACGUGUCCUCGAGCGAGCUGUACUCGGCGGACGAAGUGGAGCUGUUGUUGGAAGAGAUUCGCGAGCUGGAGCCCGUUAGUUGCCGCGGCGAGGAGGUGCAGGACUUCGAGAUCGCCGGAAGCGGGUGCGGCGCGGGCGGGCGGUCGCCGGCGGGCACGGAGCUGACGGAACGCUCUUGGGACUCGCACGCGCACUACUCACGCGCCCCCCCGCCUACGCCGCGCCCGCUCGCGCCGGUUUACUGUCGCCUGCGCCAUUUAACGACUGUUCAGGGUGCUUUCACCCUGCUUGUUGUGGCGUGCUGCGCGAGCGCGUGCGGCUGCGUGUGGGCGGGCGCGGGGCUGCGCGCGGGCCAGCUGCCGGGCGGCGCGCGCGUGCGCCUGCUGCACCUGGCCGCGCUCUCCUCGCUCAUGCUGCACGCGCUGCUGCUGCUGCUGCACGUCACGCGCCUCGCAGACCUGCUGCCGCUCGACUGGAACAAGCUGGGCGGGUGCGCCGGCGCGUGGUCGGCGCUGGCGCUGGCGGGCGGCGGCGCGGCCACGCUGCACGCGGCGCUGCAGCCCGCCUACCGGCCCGCGCCGCACCUCGCGCGUCUGCUGCUCGCCGCCGCGGGGCUGGGGCUGAGCGGCGCGUGCUUGGCGGCGGGGCUGACGGUGCGCGCGGUGCGGCGCGCGCGCGUGGCGGGGGGCGCGGAGGGCGCGGCGGGCGCGGGGGGCUCGCGGCGCUCCAGCGGGCGGUCGUCGCCGCGCGCCGCCUACCGCGCCGUGCCGCAGCCGCAGCCCUCCACGUCGCGCGAUCACGCCUUAUAG